AGAGCUGAAUCGAUUUAGCCAUGUCCGCUUGUCCGUCCGUCUGUAUAUACCAUAUACGCGAACUAAUCCGUCAAUUUUUGAGAUAUCGAUUUAAAAUUUUGCACACAGUUUUUUCUCCCCAGGAAGCUGCACAUUUGUCAGAACCGUCGUUAUCAGCCCAUUAUAGAAUAUAGCUCUCAUACAAACCGAACGAUCAAAAUUAAGUUCUUCUAUGGAAAACUUUUAUAUUUAAUAAGUUAUCUUUACGACAUUUCUUGUCCAAGGCAACACUACAAUUUAUGAACGAAUUGUUCAGAUCUUUGUAAAAUAUUCUUCUUUUUACUUUCAACUUCGGCGGUGAAUACUUAGUUUCAGUAAUAAUGGCAAGCUAAUUAUUUAGCUAUUUAAUGAACAAACAAAUAAAAAUAUUAACGUUGAUAGCAUAUACAUACAUAUAUACUCGUAUAGCUGUACACAUGUUAUUCUUCAGAACAAUGCGUUCUUGUGAUGCAAAAAAAUAUAUAUAAUAUGAGCAUAUGUCGCCUGUUUUUUAUAGUCUAACAACUAUGGUUACAAACAAUCAUUUUUUAACAACACAAAAAAUAGUUAUACUCGUUGUUUUAGUUAAGCUUCUAUAAUAAAACGAUAUUUACCGGCAUUAUCCUGUGGUGCCUCUACAAAAGAGGCGUAUUCCACAUGACAGAUAAUUAAAAACAUAAAAAGUGUAUAAAAACUUAUGAUAUAAUAAAUUGAUUAUGAAGAGGAAAGCUGUUGAAUGCAAUAAGCAAGCAGCUGCACCUUAGAGAUUAGACGGCACACACGCGCAUACACACAUAAGUGUGCGUGCACGCGCCAGCGAUAGUCAAUGAUGAAUGUUCAUAAAAAAACUUAAAUAUUUAAGAUAAACUCAACAGUGUAACAUUUUUUAAGCACACCACCACACAUACACAAGUGUACAAAAAUUAGUUAUUACUGCAGCUCUUCAAACUUCACUCAAACAUACACGCACUCACACUAACGUUUGGUUGUCAGCAUGGUCGGCGAGGGCGUAUGAGCAACAUCCCACCCACAAUGACAAACAAUCAAAAUCGCCGCUGGAAAUGUGAGCCAAUGGCAAUGCUGCUUAUUUAAUUCCAGCAUCCAAAGCCGAGUUCGUUCGUUGCAUAUAAAAAGACGUAUCCUGUUUGCGAUAAACAUCAUUCAAACAAGUGUGCUUCGACGAUACAGUUGCAAUAUCGCCACAAGUCUUCUUGUACGAGUCGAACGCAAGUGACAGUUACUUUUGAAUUUUUUCAGUGAGACUCACAACUGUAAACAGUAAAAGCAACAGCAUGUCAAGCCAAAUCUUCGCAAUCCUUUGCUUCGCCACCCUUUUGAUCGCCGCUGCGCAAUCCAGCAACGCCAUGGGUGUGCCACCAUUCUGCCAAUCGGGCAUGGUCGAAGAUAUGCCACCACACAUCCAAAAGGUCUGUUCGGCAUUGAACAAUUCGGAACAAUUGGCUACAGCGUUGAAAUCGUACUUGAAUAGCGAAGCCGCAGCACUGUUGACCGAUCAGGCGCCCCUGAAGCGUUCCGAUGUUGAUCACGUUUUCUUGCGUUUCGGCAAAAGGCGUUAAAUUUCCAGCGCCGCUAAUGUUGCCACCGCCACCAAUACAUAUUAACCAACAGUUGACCGUUUGAUGGACUCUAUGAUUUGCAACACAAACACACACUCAAGCACGACCGCCAUGUGAACAACCAACAAUAACAAACGACCAAUUAUUGCAAAUGAAAAUUAAAGAAAUUCGCUUUAAUUUAAUAAAAAGUUAUUUAAUCAUAAAAUAAAUUAAAAAUUAUAGCAAAAUUUUAUGGUAAAAUAAAAAAAUGCAAGCAGUAAAUUUGCAAACAAAAAUAUUUUUAAACUAUUAAAUAUAAUAAAUUAUAUGUAAUGUAUUAAAUUAAAAAUAAAAUGUAUGUAUGUAUAACACAUAUUCUUAAGUUGAUCUCUUUAUAAAGAAUUACAAUUUUCUGUACUUGUGCAUCUGGAAUAUAUACUUAUAUAUAAUAUACACGGCGUAUACACACCAGAUAUGUUGGGAGCUUGUAAAAAUUGAAAAAAAAAUUAUAAAACAGUUUUUAAAAUUAAUUGUUGUUUUUAUUGCAAUUGUAAUUCUUGUCAGGCAAAACUAAAAGAAAAAAAGAAACGCAUAUUGGAAAAGAAAAUUAAAAAAAAAAUUGACAGAUAUAUAUUCUAAAAAUAUAAAAAAUAGCACGAGGGAGCGGAGACCGCAGAUAUUUAUAAAUAAGCAAAAAACAUAUACAUAUAUUUACAUGUAUACGAGCAUAUAUCAAUAUUUAUACUCACUAUUAAAAGGCAUCAUUGAACCCAAAAAAUUUUACAUUUAACAUUUUUGGCGCAUAUAACAAAUAUUUAUUUAGUUCUAAGUUGUCGGAAAUAAUAACGCAGACCCGCAGAUAAAGAUGUAUUUUGCAACAACUAAUUAUAAACAUAUGUAUAAAAAUGUAAUAAAGCUAUUAUUUUCAAUAAA